AAUUCUGCUACCAGACAACCAGACUCGUUGCGCGUCGCGUCCGUUCUGGUGACUAACUUACUCAUAGAAAUAAGAUAUUAUGUCCCGGACUUAACGAUAGGAAAAGGAAACAAAAAUUUAAUUUCGUAAAAUAAAUAUAUCUAUGAUGGACGAAGAAAUCCAGUUAAAAAAUAUUAAAGAAUUUUUACAAAACUAUAACAAAAUAACCGAUGAGUGUUUUUCACAAUGUGUAUAUACAUUAUCACAAAGUAGGUUGACAGGUGAAGAGGCAUUGUGUGCAAGUAAUUGUGUACAGAAAUCUAAGUUGAUUGAUCAAAAAUGUAUGCAAGCAUUUAUUGAGCAUCAACAACAAUCAAUGCAAAAGUUUAUUGAAGAAUCUUCUCAAAAACAGGCCGAACAGGAAGCUACUGUUGUUGACUCAAGCAAUUCUGAUACAGAAAACAAAGAAAUGGUCAAACAGGAGUCAACUGAAUAAAAAUUAGGAUUGGAAAUGUAAUAUGUAGGUUUGAAAUGAAUGACUUAGUAUCUGUAAAUAUAAUAUUAUUGUGAUAAUUGAUUGAAUUUAAAAAUAUAUAAAAAACAAUAAUA